AUGACGAGGAUCGACAAUUUCAAGUCGGAACAAGUCGGACUUGGAAUAUUGCCGUCAGAGACAGUGUUGGAGUUGAAGCACAAAGUGAGCAAUCUCUUGGGUAUUGAUGUACCACAGCAAAGAUUAUUACUCACUGGCAAGACCUUAGCGGACGAAAAUCCGCUAAGUUUUUAUCCGGGAAUCAAAGAUGGCAGUAAGUUAAAUCUUUUGGUGAUCAAGAAGGCAGAGGAAGGCUCCAGCGAAGCAAGAUCUUUGCCUCAACAGAAAGCCGGUAUCCAUCUGCUGAGAGAAGAGGUCUCACGGGUGCUUAGGCAUUACUAUACGGUAUCCGAGACCGAGUCCAUAGUCAAUGAGCUGAUAAAGGACUUGAAAAAUAAAGUGAAUAAUCUUAAUUAUGAUGAUCUAGAGAGACUAGCUACUGCGUUACUCCAGGACCAAGAGAACGUAGCUUAAGGAUCACUCAAGAUUAUUCAAUUUUCGCUUACCAAUUGAUUAUUGUAAUACGAGUUUAUUUAAUUGAAGCAUUGCCUUAUAUUAUAUAUCGAGCCCUUUAAUAAUUGGUACUGUGUAAUUUAAAGCGCGAUCAUAAUGACUAAGCAAGACUUGAAACUUAAUGUACUAUUUACUACGUUUGGAAUCUAAGGCUAAUCUUAUGUGAAGUUUAUUAAAAAUCGCUGUAUGUACACAGACAUGAUAUAUAUCGUGUCGCGUUAUAAAUAAUUAU